AUGGAUAAUAUAGUACCAAGCUUUGUAGCGCUGAUAGCAGACGAUAAUAAACCUAUUUUGGUUUACGUUCCACACAAUGAAGCUGAAGAUGUUAAUAAAGUUCUCCAGUACAACACAUUUGCCAACAUUGCUUUAGAUUACUUUGAUAGUCAAUUAUUUCAAUGGUCUACCUUAGAGAACCAUUUUGCAAUUAAAUCACUUUUUGAUGUAGAGGGAGUAUCCGUAUAUGGUAUGUUGAUUAAACCAACUGGUCUAAAGAUAAUCAUUGGGUUUGAUACAUUGAAGCUAAAAUCUGACGAAAAAAAGGUAAAUUCAGUAUUUGAAAUGGUAAAAAGAAUAUAUAUAAGAGUUAAAUGUAACCCAUUAAUGGAUGCUGCAGACUUGUCCAAUGACAAAUUGGUGGAGAACUUGGAGAGUAAGUUUGACCAGUGGUUAAGCACAUGCCACCUUCCGAAGAAGACAACAACAGUUGAAGAUGACACAAAAGGUGUAGUAAUGGAGGGUGACCAAUCUCAAACGGAAUUAGUGAAGUAG